CGAACAAGAAGAGGGCUCCUCGCGCGCCACCGCCGCCGCCCGUCCGUUGGCCAGUUGCCAUGGUUGACAUGGUUGUGCCGACCUCACCGUUGCCCUUCGGGUCAAGUGUGGGGGCCGCAACCAUGACGUCUUUUUCGAUUCCGGGCUCGAUCUUCGGGUCAGCUCCUCGACCCAUUCUCGGGCUCGAAACCACGGGGGAUUAUCCCGUUGGUAAUUCGAACCCGUUUCUCGGACCGACCAUGGCUUCGGCCUCGACGGUCAACUUUGGAUUGAACGCGGGUUUCACCGCACCGGUCAAUCCAUUCGUUGGACCUCAUUGGGCGACCAACGGACCUUUCCUCCAUACGCCCAAUGCAGUUGGGGCCAUUUCAGUGCCCGCUAGUUUGGUCCAAAGGCCACCGAAGUUCAAUGGCACGAACUUCAAAAUGUGGCAACAAAAGAUGAUGUUCUUUUUUACCGUCCUGGGUUUUGCUGAGUACCUACAGCAAGAUCCUCCCCAACCAAACAACGGCAACGACCCCCUCGUGGCGAUGGUGAACCAAGCAUGGUACCACAACAACUAUCUCGCCAUCAACAUUAUCCUCGAGGGGUUGGCAAAGACGCUAUACCCCGUCUAUGCCAGUGCAAAGCUUGCAAAAGAGCUUUGGAGUAGCUUGAACAAGAAGUAUCAAGCUGAAGAUGCCGGCACGAAGAAGUUCAUCGUCGGGAAGAUGUUGGACUACAAGAUGGUUGACAACAAAUCUGUUUUCGCCCAAGCUGAGGAGCUUACGGUAAUCUUCAACAAAUGCAAUGAAGAGAAAGUAAGCGUCAGCGAGGCUUUUCAAGUGGCGGCCAUCAUCCACAAACUUCCCUGGUCGUGGGAAGACUUCCAAGCCGACCUCAAGCUCAAAAGAACGGAGCUAAACCUGGAGCAACUGCUCACGCGGUUGAGGAUUCGAGAGGAAGGGCUUUCCAGUAGAGGUGGAGGGGCAAAGGCGAAUGUGGUAGAACAUCCGUCGGGCUCUUCACAUGGCGGGAAGGACAAUAAGAAAAUAGGUCCUAAGGGUGGUGUUUCAAAAUUUGUAGGGAAGUGCUACAAUUGUGGCAUUACCGGGCAUCGUUCCUCUGAUUGUAGGAAAAAGAAGCCACAAAAAGGAAAGAAGAAAACCACUGAAGCCAUGUGUGCAGAGCUUGACAACUUGGACCUCUUCGCGGUUGUCACCGAGAAGCUUUUUGAACAGCGAGUUGAAGUCUUGGAGUUGAAGCCAAGGGUAUCUUCCUUCGAAUUGAAGUCUUGGAGUGCGGUAUCUCCAAGAAAGUGUUUUGAGGCUCGUGGGACUCGAGUUCUCAGGUUGUAAUGGUUUGUUAAGCACCCGUCAGCUUAACGAAAGUGGUGUAGCUCGAGAGAGUCUCUUGGGAGACUGGACGUAGCCACACGUUGCGGUGAACCAGUGUAAAUCUUGGUGUGCUCCCUUCACGCUUUUCACGCUCUUUAAUUUUAACGCUCUUAAAUUUUUUAUUCUUGCGACAUUUCGUUUAAACGCUAUCCCCCCCACUCUAGCGUUGGGACCUAAAUCUAACAGGAAGUGCAUAAGAAUCAUUCAUUACACAACUACUUUGGAUCCAUCAAGAAUAUCAUGAUUAGAACGAAUAUAAUCUACUAUAAAUG